GGCACAAACCAGAGAAUUGGAAAGAAAUCACAAACUUUAAUGACUAGCAUCCUAAACUAAUCAAGCUGUCUUAGGAUAUGAAUCAACCUUUUUCGUCGUCUUCUAACUAUAUUUACCUACCACCUUUCUGCCUCAUCUCUUUCUUUCACUUUAGUCUGAGUUUUUCUGAAGAAAUCUUUGCCACUAUAAUACCCUCUGAAACUUAGAAUUCUAGUACUUGUUUUGCUACUAACUAGUGCAACAAGGAUUGAAACAUGGGAGAAAAACAAGCUGAGCAUGUUGAGCCAGAACAGGAGACAUCAGCUCCUCUGGCUUUGUCCCCAGCAGCUUCUAAAGAAUCCUCCCCUCAGGCUUUGGCCCCGGCCUCAGCAGCUUCUAAAGAAUCCUCCCCUGAAGAAAAACCCCCAAAGCAUGACUCAUCUGAGAAGGCCCUUGUUCCAAUCGAGAAACCGGUUUUUAUUGCAGAAAAGCGUGCAGAACACCGUGAAGAUGAAAAGAACAAGGUGGAUCCCAAGGACAGAGAUGCUGCUCUGGCACGAGUAGAAUUGGAGAAAAGAUUGGCUUUGAUAAAAGCCUGGGAAGAAAGUGAAAAAGCUAAAGCAGAUAACAAGGCUUAUAAAAAGUUGUCUUCCAUUGGUGCAUGGGAGAACACAAAAAAAGCAUCAGUAGAGGUGGAACUAAAGCUGAUUGAGGAAGAAUUUGAGAAGAAGAAGGCCAAAGCUGCAGAAAGGAUGAAAAAUAAAAUGGCCGAAAUUCACAGGAAAUCUGAGGAAAAGAGGGCAAUGGUUGAAGCAAAACGAGGAGAGGAUAUUCUCAAGGUCGAGGAAACGGCAGCCAAAUUCCGCUCAACUGGCAACGUCCCAAAGAAGUUAUUCGCAUGCUUCGGUUCCUAAAACUUUUCCUCCCAUUACAGGUAACAUGACAAGGAUUGAAAGAAGGAAGUACAAAUAUUGGUUUGCACCUUCUGUAAUUAUACUUUUUUUUUUUUUUUGUGUAUUCUGUUGUUUAAUGGUAAAUAAUUCACUUUCGCUUUUUCCUUCAUUCACUUGUUUGUGUGCUCAACUUGAGGGCUGUAUGUGUGUGACAUCUGUAUUUUUCUUGGAUUGCUCCAAUCAAGUUCUGAAAAUCAAUUUGGUCUGAUUCCAGCAAACCAA